AUGGCCUCACCAAACACCUUCGGGCAGCUGGGCCUGUCCAUCUUGGGAGUGGGCUCCCAAUACCCACCAUACGAUCUCAAGCCAGAUGCCAUAGACACUCUGGCGAAACGCUACCAUCCAGAGAGUCCUUCCAUGAAGAAGGUGUGCGCCAUCAACCAGUUCACCGGCAUCGACACCCGCUCGUCCAUCGGCAACCCCGACCACCCGGUCGUCAACCACCCCGAUCCUCCAUCCAUAGCACAGCUUCAUGAGGUGUUCAUGAAUGAUGGAGUACCGCUCGCCGUCAGUGCUGCCCGGAAAGCCAUUGCUGAAGCCAAAAUCGACCUGGAUCAAAUUACCCACGUCGUCUCGACAACAUGUACGGACAGCGGCAAUCCCGGCUUCGAUCACUUUGUCUGCCAGGAGCUAGGAGUCUCACACCAGGCCGAAAGAGUCCUCCUACAUGGUGUUGGUUGCGCAGGUGGAUUGACCGCCCUGAGAACGGCAGCGAACCUCGCCUUGGGUCACAGCUACCGACGGAAACCAGCGCGCAUACUGGUGCUUGCCCUCGAAGUGAGCACGACAAUGGUGCGAAGUGAGUUGGACAGCAUCGACAAGCUUCAGGAAACCAGGAUAGGAGUGUGUCUGUUCUCAGACUGUGCCAGCGCAGUGGUCCUGAGUAAUGGGCUGGGUGACGAGCGCUCUGCUCCCGGGCGCCCAGUGUACGACUUACUGGGUUGGGAUCAUCGAAUUAUCCCAGACACAACAAAAGACUUGGGCUUUGAUGUUGACCCCGUGGGCUGGAAGGUGGUUCUAUCCCCGCGCGUGCCGAAAAUUGCCCAGGGGGCCUUGCAGAAGACUUUUGCAGACCUGACGUCCUCACUGGAUUUGUCACCACCAUGGGACGACGCCAAGCCAUCAGACUUUGACUGGGCCAUGCACCCAGGUGGUGCAACGAUUCUCAGCGGCGCAGAGAAGGCGAUGGGGCUGGUUCCGGAGCACAUGAGGGCGAGCUAUGACACGUACAUCAACCACGGCAACUCUAGCAGCGCCACGAUUUUCAGCGUGCUGGACCGCUUGCGCUCAAAAGACAUGGAUGCCUGUACACCAGAUGGCAGAGGCCCAAAAGACCACAUCGUGGGCUGCGCCUUUGGGCCGGGUGUGGCGGUGGAGAUGUGUAUAUUGAAGAGACACUUCGCACCCGGCGCAGAGAAGACGGGUUUGCAGACACCACCUGAGACAGAAAGCGAGGAGAGCAGCGAGAAAAGUGACGACGGGGAGGCCAGUGUACGGUCAGAUGACCUUGAUGUUAAUGAGGCGGCCCCGAAGGACACGAGACGGGCCGAUGCGGGGACAGAUAACUUCAUUAGCCAGGCACUUGCUUCCGUCGAGCUUGACUGA